CAUCAUCAGAACGUCCGCCAGCAAAACGACACGAGUCUUUCUCUCUCUCUUCGCUCUCGCUGGAGAAGUUUUUGCGGAGAGGCGAGCGAUUGGUGCGUUGAAGAAGCAAAAGCAAGCUGAUUGCGCUGUCUUCGGGAAGGAUUCUUCCGUCGCCAAUGGUCAAAGCUCCGCCUGCUUCACUGAUCUUGUAGCUUCCACUUCAGAAGCUCUUGACGACGGAUCGAAGGAUUCAAUUCAUGGCUCUUGCCUCCUCCCCGCUCGCUGCCACCUUGUUGAUCGCUCUCGCCUUCUCGAUCUUCGCGGUUUCGCGCUCCGUGCCCUUCAUCGUCUUGCAUGGCAUUGGAGAUCAGUGCUCUAAUCGAGGGAUUACACAGUUCACUGAGCUUUUGAGCGAAUAUUCUGGCGCUGAAGGGUUUUGCAUAGAAAUUGGGGAUGGAGCAUGGGAUUCAUGGUUUAUGCCUCUUGACGACCAGGCUAGAGCUGUUUGUGACCAGGUGAAAGAAAUGAAAGAACUAAGCCAGGGUUACAACAUAGUUGGUCUCUCUCAGGGAAACUUGAUAGGACGGGGUGUUAUUGAGUUCUGCGAUGGAGGACCCCCUGUCAAGAAUUUUAUCUCUUUAGGAGGACCGCAUGCUGGUACUGCUUCUGUUCCUCUAUGUGGUACCGGACCACUAUGCAUUAUUGCUGACCGCCUUAUCAAGUCACACAUUUACAGUGAUUAUAUUCAGGCUCAUCUGGCUCCGAGUGGUUAUCUCAAACUACCAAAUGCUAUUUCAGACUAUUUGGCCAAAUGUAGGUUUCUUCCAAGGCUUAACAACGAACUCCCUGAUGAGAGAAAUUCCACUUACAAGGAACGGUUUAGUAGCUUGGAGAACUUGGUGCUUAUAAUGUUUGAACAUGACACAGUUUUGAUCCCCAAGGAAACCUCCUGGUUCGGAUAUUAUCCAGAUGGUGCAUUCAAUCCGAUAAUGUUUCCAAAUGAGACGCAGCUUUACACAGAGGACUGGAUUGGUUUGAGAAGUUUGGACGAAGCCGGGAGGGUUCAGUACGUUAGCGUCCCAGGAAACCAUCUCGGCCUAUCCAGAGACAAUAUGAAAAAGUAUGUUGUUCCUUACUUGGAAGAACAGAAAACAGGAACCCGCGAUCGGGUCAGGGAUGGAGAAUCAGCUGAAGUGCCGCUUCGUCAGAGAUUGUCAUCAUCCCUCAAGAGUUUCAUUAGUGAUUUGCUUGAGCUCACUGAGGAGAAGCCAUUAGCAGCCUAUUGAUUCAGAUGAAUACAUGAUAUGGUACUCGACCACCUUACGAUAGUGUUACAAAAGAAAACUGUCGGAUUGCUUGUUCCAUUGUACUAUAAGCGUAAUUGCACUCGAAACCUUUCUUACGGUCAAUUGGUCGUGUGGUAUAUACGGUCUUGUAAUUGGAGAUGAUACUCAGGUUGUCGUGAGACGAUGCUUUACUUGUAUACUCGUCUGAUCUAUCAGGUGAUCAGUCUUUUUAUUAUUUGUACAUGGAGCAAUUGUCUUUCUCGCA